AUGAGCUCAAUUACAGAGGUUAAGCGUAGAAGGGUUCCCAUUGGUAACGGGAACGGUGAAGGUCUUUACAAAGAAGUUCUCGAGGAAAAAACACUGUAUGAUUUCCAUGAACUGCCCGAAUGGCAACAGGAUAACGAUAAGAUUUUAACUGGUUAUAUUCGUGAGACGAAGUCGGUUUUAAAAUGCGUGCGGUCCCUGUUCAUUUGGAAUAAUGAAACAGUCAAUAUCUACACACAUUUGGUUUCCGCUGUUUCUUAUUUCUUGCUCAUGUUGGGUAUUACGGAUUUAGUAAUGGUACCUCAUUUCCCUACAUCGACUUUCACGGAUUAUAGUGUAAUCAACUUUUAUCUUCUGGGGGCAUUUGGAUGUUUAAUGUGCAGUAGCUGCUUCCAUACAUUUAAACAGCAUUCCGGUCCACAUAGUGACGCCUGGAGUAAAGUUGAUUAUAUGGGUAUUAUCGUUUUAAUUACCUGUUCCAUGAUUUCCUUAAUUUAUUACGGAUUUUUUGAUCAUAUGGAAUAUUUCCGACUUUUCACAGUGCUCACAUUAACUCUGGCAACUGCUUGUACGGUUUGUGUGCUCAGUGAUAAAUUUAACCAUAAGGAUUUUCGCCCUUUGAGAGCAGGUUUUUUCAUUGCAUUUGGUUUGAGUGGUGUUUUCCCCGUUGCAGCAGGUAUAAUUAAAUUUGGUAUCCAGGGAGGAGUCCAAAGGGUUCAAUUAAAAUAUUUGGGUUUGGAAGCAAUUUUCUACAUUGCUGGUGCCCUAAUUUAUGGAUUCCGCAUCCCAGAAACCAUGUUUCCUGGUAGAUUCGAUUUUUGGGGUCAUUCUCAUCAAAUAUUCCACGUUCUAGUGGUGAUAGCGUCUUUCCUACAUCUAAAAGCUGUCAUGGGCUCUUACAUUUUUAAACAUUCCCAUUUAAAUGGAGUUGGUUUAGCAGCUCUUCAAUCAACGUAUUGA